AUGGCGUCCUCAGCAUCUGGUCUACACAUCUUUCAGGACACUGGAGCACCUCCCGGGAGCUCCGACUAUACGACAGUCGUCGUAAUCCACGGAAUUGUCUGGCAUAGCGCUAUAUUCUCGAAGAUGGUUCCUCUGGCUAGGAGCAAGAACAUACGUCUCGUCCUCGUUAAUAGACAGGACUACCCCGGCGGGGCCCCGUACAACUCCGCCGACCGUGCAUUGCUCCCCGCCCAGGCAGGCAGCAGCAGGCAGACUGUCCCGCUGCCUUCCGAGAACGCAUGGGUCUUCAUGCAGCACCGCGCCAGCACUCUCAACCAGCUCCUCGUCGAGCUCGUCCUCGCCCGCGGUGUCACUCCUGCCGAGCCGGCCCGGAAUAAGGGCGGGAUCGUGCUCGCUGGGUGGUCGCUCGGCGUCGCCUGGAUCACCGCUCUUCUCACCCACGGCGGUUCCUUCCAGCAGAACGGCGUCGACCUCGGCCAGUACCUCCGACGUGUGAUCCUCUACGAGGGCUCCAGCACGGUGUACGGCUACCCGCCGAGCCCGGACCCGAACCCGCAGCUCUCGGUGCAGGAGCAGGACCCGCUGCUCUGGCUGUCCGAGUACUUCGCGCACGGCGACACCGCGGCGACGCUCGAGCGGCACACCCCGCGCGGCGCGCCGACCCCGACGCUCGCGCGCAUGACCCCCGCCGAGGUGCGCGCGACGGUGUGCGCGGCGCAGACGAGCCCGGGCGGCUCGGACGCGCUGCUGCUGCACUGGGGCGUGCGCACGGGGCUGUUCGCGGCGCUGCGCCGGCGCGCGCUCUUCCCGCCCGCCCGCGCGGCGCCGCCGUGGCCCGCGCUCGAGGUCCGCGUCGUGUGGGGGGACGAGAGCGUGUGGGAGGUGCUCGACGCGACGCACGCGCUCCGCGCCGAGCUCGCGGACGCGGCGGCGAAGCGCGCGCAGACGCGGCCGGUGACGCUCGCGCGCGUGCGGGGCGCGAACCACUUCGCCCAUUGGGACUAUCCUGAGCAGACGCUGCGGGUAUUUUUGGCCGCCCCGAACGAGGUUGAAGCCUGA